UAAUAUACAGACUACAGUCAUAAAUAAAUCAAUAUCAAUUGAGUAUAACUAAUCCUAAUCAAUGACCAUCAUAUACCAUCGUGGUAGUUUCGUCACGUUUCACAAAAUUAAAAUAAACAUCUCCGCGCUUAUAAUUUUCCUAGCAACAUCACCUGUAUUACAGUAUUAUUAGUAUAUAGAUAUAUAGAUCUAACUUCCAUUGACAAUUGUAAGCACAUAAAUACACACACCCUUCUCUCUCCUUUUGUUUUCCCUUCUCAUCUCAUAACCAACUCUCAUACUAGAGAUCAAUAAAUAAUGGGGAGCUACAGAGUAUGCUUGUGCUUCACAAGGCGGUUCGGGUUAACAGAACUCGAACCGCCUUUAGAAGUACAAGAGCUUUUUAAACUAUACACAGGUGGUGGUUCCUACAUGGCCUCGGAACAACUGUGGCGAUUCCUUAUGGAGGUUCAAGGUGGUUCCGAUACGACGAUCGCCGAGGCAAAGAAGAUUGUGGAGGAUUUGGUGAAGCAACGCCACCACAUUGCUAAGUUCACUAGGAACUCUCUUACAUUGGACGAUUUUUUCUACUAUCUUUUCUCUGUUGAACUCAAUCCUCCUUACAAAACUCAGAUUCACCAUGAUAUGACUGCUCCAUUGUCACAUUACUUCAUAUACACGGGUCAUAAUUCCUACCUUACUGGGAAUCAACUAACCAGUGAUUGUAGUGAUAGACUGAUAAUAAAGGCCUUGAAACAAGGUGUUCGAGUCAUUGAGCUUGAUUUAUGGCCUAAUUCCAACAAAGAUGGCAUCAAUGUUCUUCAUGGCAGAACCCUUACAGCUCCGGUGGAUCUCCUAACAUGUCUCCAAGCAAUUAGAGAUCAUGCAUUUGACUCAUCUGAAUAUCCUGUUAUCAUAACACUUGAAGAUCACCUUAAACCUAAACUUCAAGCAUUAGCUGCUGAGAUGAUCACACAAACAUUUGGGCAACAAAUGUUGUAUUACCCUAACCCAGAUCACCUCGAAGAAUUUCCUUCCCCAGAAGAAUUGAAGCGUAAGAUACUCAUUUCGACGAAACCACCAAAGGAGUGUCUUCAAGCUGAAACAGUUAUGGUUGAUGUUAGUAGUAAUUCUUCAGGCAGGGGAGACAGUGUUGAUCUUGAACAUCCAUCACAGCGUAAGACUGAUGUGCUUGAGAAUGGACAUGAGCAUGUAAAUGAAAAGGAUUGUAGUUAUGAAGAUAAAUCUCAGCGUUUUGAGCCACUCGCAUAUACAUCUUUGAUUGCCAUUCCCCAACGAAAAUGUAAGUUCGAGGAGGCAACUCAAAUCGAUCCUGGUAAAGCUGUACGCAUUAGUUUGAGUGAACAAAAGCUCGAGAAAGCAGCUGCUUCACAUGGAACAGAUCUUGUUAGGUUUACGCAAAAAAAUAUCCUAAGGAUUUAUCCUAAGGGAACUCGAUUUAACUCUUCGAACUAUAAUCCAUUUGUUGGUUGGAUGCAUGGAGCUCAGAUGGUUGCGUUUAACAUGCAGGGGUAUGGCAGAUGGCUCUGGCAAAUGCAUGGGAUGUUUAGAGCUAAUGGAGGGUGUGGUUAUGUCAAAAAACCCGAUUUCUUAGUUGAUUGUGAUCAUGUCUUUGAUCCAAAAAUAAAGUUGCCCUUGGAGACAACUUUGAAGGUGAAAAUAUACAUGGGAGAUGGUUGGAGAAUGGAUUUCAAGAAAACUCAUUUCGACAAAUACUCCCCACCAGAUUUUUAUACCAAAAUCGGUAUAGCAGGAGUUAGAGCAGAUGAAACAAUGCAAAUGACCGUGGUAAAAGAUGAUCAAUGGACUCCAAUUUGGAAUGAAGAAUUCACCUUUCCACUAACUGUCCCAGAAUUAGCAUUGUUAAGAAUAGAAGUUCAUGAGUAUGACAAUGACAAAAAAGAUGAUUUUGGUGGACAAACUUGUUUGCCUGUUUCUGAAUUAAGGGCUGGAAUUUAUGCAAUUCCAUUGUAUAGUCAUAAGGGAGAGAAAUUUAAUUCGGUGAAGCUUCUAAUGCGGUUUGAAUUUGUGUGAUUUUUUGGGCUUGUUUAAUGUGGUUGGACAUGUAUAAGUAUUAAUCUAUCAUUAGUUUUGUGUAAUGUAGACUAUAAUUUUGUGACAAUUGGCCUAACAAGAAUAGGCCAAGUAUAGAGAUUAGAGAGGUAAGGCCUAAUAGCUUAUCAAAAGAUUCAUCAAAUAUGAAUACUAGUUUAAUAUUUUGUUUUCCA